CAGCACCCCAGAAGAAUGUCUUACUACGAGCAGUGCAAGCAGCCCUGCCUGUUCCCUUCCUUCUGCGUGAAGAAAUGCAACCAGUGUGUGGAGCCCUGUGAGCCGGUGUGCGUGGAGCCCUGCAGCAACAUCUGCGUGAAGCCAUGCUCCACGCAGUGCGUGGAGGUCUGUGCCCCUAAGUGUGUGGAUGUCUGCCAGGCUCCCUGUGCCUCCGAGUGCACCACAUGCUGCACCACCCAGUGCGUGGAGCCCUGCAGCACCCAGUGUACCACCCAGUGCACCACCCAGUGCGUGGAGCCCUGCAGCACGCAGUGUACCACCCAGUGCGUGGAGCCCUGCACCACGCAGUGCGUCGAGGUCUGUCCCCCCACAUGCAUCGAUGCCUGCAUAAAGCCCUGUGAAACCCAGUGCCCGACCCACUGCACCACCCAGUGCGUGGAGCCCUGCAUCAGCCAGUGCUGCACCAAGUGUGUGGAGCCCUGCCCGCCGGCGUGCGUGGAGGUGUGCGCUAAGAAGUGUGAUACGUGCGAGACCGUGUGCCUGGAGCCAUGCGGCACUGUCUGCUCUCACCCGUGCUAAUUGCCUUAAUUGAAUGGGCCUUGCGAGCACCCCCAACACUUUGGUGCAUUGCAAUAUCCACGGGCUCAUGAGCAUCCAUGGAAUGAAACACAGAUUACAGACCCACCUGCGACGUACCAAGACCUCUCCCAACAUGGUUAUCCCACGUUUUCUUUGACUUGGAAAAUAUUUCUCUGAAUUUUUCCAGCCUGGACCUUUUCUUCCUAUGCUACUUCUGCUACUUCUAACUCAGCGCCUUUUUCUUGGUAACUGCAGUUGACCAUUAUUAUACCACGGGGCAUCUUGGCAGAGGCUGUGCUAUGAGAAGUUGGUGUUGGAAGAUGUCUCCACUUCCAUUCUAUAAUUCUCAUCUUGUCUUUUAAUGCAUGUCUUCUUGCCUUUCAAUGUCUAUGUGCAGCAAUAAAAAUUGA